GAAAGAAACGUUCUGUCCGGUAAGAAACCCGACAUGAUUGCAUAUAAUUUCGUUAGCUCGCAACUCUGUUACGUACUGUCCUAUUAGGGUAUAAAGCAUUUUUACGGCAUCUUCUGCGCGACUACAUACACUUCUCUCGCAGUUUUAUCAGUUUAGCUUUAGUAUUGAAUACACCGCGGCAGAGUUCACGGCUGGCUUACGCCGUUUAAACGUUUGGCCGAAUUAAAGUAUAAUGAAUCCAAAUUUAUUAACGGAUGUAAUAUCUCAAUCGACGCCAAGUUCACCAGAAAUGGAUCUCACUAUAAAUCCAGAAAGACAGAGAUUUCCCUUUUGUAUUGUUUGGACUCCAUUGCCCAUUAUAACUUAUUUAAUACCAUUUAUCGGUCAUAUGGGAAUUUGCACAUCAACUGGUGUAAUAAGGGAUUUUGCUGGUCCAUAUCAUGUAGCGGAAGAUCAAAUGGCAUUUGGUAAACCUAUCAAAUAUUGGCAGCUUCAAUAUACGAAAGCCAAGGGUGGUGUGCAAGGAUGGGAUAUGGCUGUAUCAGAGGCUAGUGAAAUUUAUAAAACCAGAAUGCAUAAUUUAUUUUUCGACAAUUGUCAUUCACAUGUUGCGAAAGCUUUAAAUUUAAUGGCUUAUGAUAAUUCUACAAACUGGAACAUGGUAAAACUAGCAGCUUAUAUAGUCAUAAAAGGAAAAUAUAUAAGUUUUUAUGGUUUUCUCAAAAAAUGGUUGCCAUUUUUUUUACUUGUCAUCAUUAUAAUGAUUCUUGAUACAAUUCGCGAUUUAUAAUUUAUAUUAUUAAUUAUAAUGACAAAUGCAUAAACAAUAAUAAACGCUAGUAAUUUUGUUAUAUAUAGAAUUUUAUAGAAAUUUUAGAAUUGUAGGUAAAGAUUUGUAGUUCUUACAUUAUAUUUUUAGUAUAUUUGCAGAAAUUAAUGUUAAACUACAAAAAAGGUAUAUGUAAAUAUGUAUGUAUAAUAUUUAUGUUUGAAAAAGUUUUAUGGUUGCAGUAAGUUAAAAUACUAAAAUGUCAAUACUUAAUAUUUUUCUCAAAAUAUUUGGUUUGAUCUCAUGUUAAGGUUAAUAAUUAAAUUCUUUGCAACAAGCUAAUAGUUUAUCUUAAAAUAAUUUUGUAAUAUUUUAUAUGUAUUUGAUUACAUUAAGUAAUGGCAUUUAAUCAUCAUUAACAAUGAUAAAUAUAAAACUUGUAAACAAUAUUUACAAUGACACAAAUGUCAUUUAUAUAACUAUUAAAUAUCAAGAAUAUGCCCUUGUGCACACUUUGUGUCAUAUAUCUGCCUCCAAGUUUUUUCCUGAGCGAAUAAGGAAAUACAAGUGUCAUUAUACAUUGCAAGCAUGGUAGUACAAAUAUAAUUAAAACGUACAAUUAAUAUGUAAAUAUUCUUUCGUGAAUAAUCUUUAAGAUAUACAUUGUCACUAGUUAAAAUUAUUGUAAUUAUAUUUAAUAGGACCAUAUACUUGGAAAUUAGAAUAUAUCUAUUCCAAAUUCACAAAGUAUUACAUCAUAAUUACAUAUAAGCAAUAAAUAUACAAAAAAAAGAAU